UAAAAUCAAGUAGAGCAAUUAAGAUGACCACAGAUAAAACAGAACCUACGUCACGGAGCUUCGAGGCUUUGAGUGGAGAUUCGUCUAAAGGAGUCUUAGAGGUGUCUGAUUUGAUGACCUAUGUAGCAGACCUGCAUUCUAACAAGCAGAAAUUGGAGGAGGAAAAUAAUAAGUUUAAAUCAGCAUUAGAAACCUUGGAGGACGCUAACUGCCAGUUAUCAAAGGAUUGUACUGAAUUGCGCCAUCAGAUAAAAAGUGCCAACCAAGCUAUUAUAAGAACAAAUCUGUUAGAAGAAGAGCUGGAGGAACUGAAAAUUGGUAUGAAUGCUUCUGAAGAGCAGAAGACCGUGAUUGUAGCCCAGAACAAACAAUUAGAGACAGAAAACCGGGCUCUGAUUCUUAAGAUUCGGAUUCUCCAAGAAGAGAAUACUAAGAACAUUAUGGAUAUAUAUAAAUUGGAAAAGAAGAUUGAGGAAUUGUCUAAAACUGAGACAGAGCAUCAAGUAAGCAGUUCCCAAAUGCUGAUGCAGUUACAUACAUAUGAGAACACUUUGCUUAAUAAAGAUGCAAGCUUGCGGAAGAAGGAUUUAAGUAUAGAAGAACUUAAGUCAACCAUCAUAGAAUAUGGAACCAUUAUAGAGAAUUUACGAGGGGAUAAAAACAAACUGACUCAUGAGUUACAGCAUUUGCAACAGGAACUUAUUAUAAAUGGGAUCCAGUUGAAUAUUAGUGGAGAGUGUAAUAGAAUCAUCUCUGAAGAAGAAAAAUCUUUACAUUGUGAACUCAUUCUUGCUCAGUCUGCAGAGCGUGAAGAAGUUUCCGAAGUUGAAACCAUCAUGGGUAGCACUCUACAGUGGGAAACUGAUUCAGAAAUUACUGUGAAAGAAAAGUGGGAGAACAAGCUUACUGAAGUCAAGUAUAUAAUGGAGGAGAAACUAAAUCUUUGCAUAUUAAUGCUGAACAGCUUGGGAAACUACGAAGAAUCUCUUGAUAAAGAAUUUGUCAAACUAAUAGAGAUUUUGAAGAGAUUCAGGAUGGAAUACUUUUAUUUCAGAGAAGAAUUUCUUUCCAGGCAGAAUCAAACAGAAGCGCUUGAACAAGUGCAAGGAGAUGCUGUCAAGCAGGAAGCUGUUGUUAGGAAGAAAGUCCAAGGAACCAGCCAAUGGCCAGAGGACAGAGCGGAGCAGGUUGAGGAUCGAGAUCCGGCAGCCCACUCAGCCGGUGACAAAGCGAAGUCUUUGCUGCAUGAAUUAGAGGAAGCAAUUUUGGAACAACGGAAUCUCCAGGCUAUAAAUACCGAGUUGGUGAGCACUUGCCAGACACUUGAGCAGAAGACGAGAAAACUGAAAACAACAACUGAGUCACUGAGAAAGAAGUUAAUUAAAGGACACCUCCAUGGCUUGUUAUUUCAGAGCUGUUUAGAUGAGGAAUUUCCUCGUUGUGAUCCCUUGUCCUGCACAGAUGGAAUUCAACAACCAUUUCAAGAAAAACUGAAGCAGUGUUGCCAUAAACGAUAUAGUGGUCAAGAAGCAAGACUACAUCGGACACUCCUGACCUUCAUACAUACGAGCUGGUAUACACCUCUACUAGAUGUCUUGCAUGUAGAGAGUCUCACAGCAAUUCCAAGAGUGGAAUUGACACUUCUCUCAGGUGUAGCCAAAAAAAUCCAGGUUUCAAGUGAAAGGCCCAACUAUGGAGAAUUAGAGGAUGGAGCUUUGGAUGUGACUAGAAGACGCAAGUGCCCAGGCCCUAAAGUUGGCCCCUACCUAGGAUCAGAUCUUUCCGGUUGCAUCAGGAUGAAUAAUGACCUAAGGAUGGAAGAGAAUGAUGUUGACCACUUGUAUUCUGAGAGCCUGCCACAGUCCAGGGAAUGUUCCACACUGUCAUCUCCUGGACAUACUUUGUCCACAGAGAGUACUAUAACUUCAAGUGAUUCUGGGUCAGACAUUUUGAAUAUGGCUUCUGAUGACCUUGACUGUAAAUCACUCUGUGAGAAAGAGGAAGAUACAAGAUCAGCUUCUGGUAUGAUAAAGAUCACAGGCAAAAGUGCAUCUCCUGAGAAUAUUGCACUGCAAGGCUCUGUGAGUGAGGACAAAACCAUGUUAAAUCUGGAAGCAAAAGAGGAACCAAUAACAAUAGAUGAGCAUAGAAAAGAAUGUGCUGCAAGAGACACUGCUGUUUCCUCUCUUCCUGUAACAACUGUGAAAUCCGUUAACUUUAGACAAAGUGACAACACUUCCGCUAAUGAGAAGGAGGUGGAGGCCGAAUUUCUCAGAUUAUCUUUGGGAUUUAAGUGUGAUUGGUUCACCCUGGAGAAAAGAGUGAAGCUUGAAGAAAGAUCCCGAGACUUGGCAGAAGAAAAUUUGAAGAAAGAAAUCACUAACUGUUUAAAGUUGUUAGAGUCUUUAACACCACUUUGUGAAGAUGACAACCAUGCCCAGGAAAUAGUUAAGAAGCUGGAGAAGAGUAUAACACUUCUUAGUCAGUGCACUGCACGAGUGGCCAGUAAGGCUGAGAUGCUGGGAGCCAUUAAUCAGGAAAGCCGGGUUAGUAAAGCAGUGGAGGUGAUGAUUCAACAUGUAGAAAACCUGAAGAGAAUGUAUGCCAAAGAGCAUGCUGAGUUAGAAGAACUGAAACAGGUUCUUUUGCAAAAUGAAAGGUCUUUUAACCCGCUCGAAGAUGAAGAUGACUGCCAAAUUAAAAAACGUUCAUCUUCUCUAAACUCCAAGCCAUCUUCGCUCCGAAGGGUGACCAUUGCCUCUUUGCCCAGAAAUAUUGGAAAUGCAGGAAUGGUGGCUGGGAUGGAAAAUGACCGAUUCGGUAGGCGAUCAAGCAGCUGGCGUAUUUUGGGGUCAAAGCAGAGUGAACAUCGUCCCUCAUUACAUCGAUUUAUUAGCACCUACUCCUGGGCAGAUGCUGAAGAAGAAAAGUGUGAACUCAAAACUAAAGAUGACGCAGAACCAUCUGGAGAAGAAAUAGCAGAAAGGACAAGAAAGCCAAGUCUUUCUGAAAAGAGAAAUAAUCUGUCAAAAUGGGAUGGCUCUUCACUUUAUGACACAGUAUCUGCCUGGGCGACAAACUUCAAGAUUUCCUUCAGAAAGGCGAAUAAGGCACUCUGGCUUUCUGCUGCGUUCAUUGUGCUGUUUGCAGCUUUGAUGAGCUUCCUCACAGGACGAUUCUUCCAGAAGUCUGUGGAUGCUGCUCCCAUACCAGAUGGGGACUCCUGGAUGUCUCUAGAGCAAAUCUUGUGGCCAUUCACCAGACUCCAACACAAUGGACCACCACCAGUGUGACUUAGCACAUCUUAAUGUAUGUGUCUUGAUUUUUAAAGUUUUAGUAUCUGAACUCUGUAAAUUAGUGAUUUUUAGCUGGGAAAUUAUAGCGUUGAACCACAGGGUCUCAGAAGGACUGCAAGAUAUUUUACAUCCCUUCUUUCUGUGAGUUCCUCUCUGAUUAAAAUACAAUGGGGAAGAAGCCUGCCUAUGAUUUUUAGUGAGCUUUUUGAGGAGGAGAUAUUACAUAUUGCUUGUUAAAAUUUAUUCAAAUAGAGUAAAAAGUGAAAGUUUCAGUGGGCCAAAUAUUCAUAAGAAAAAAACCCCACUUUUUAAAAAAUAAAAUUUAAGUACAAAAUGCUUAUUAGAUUUUAAUAACCUUUUGAAAUAUAGUCACUCAUUACAUUGCUUUUGAAGAAAUGCCUGAUUUUGCUCUGGGUUGCUUGACUCUUCACACUGCAUAAAAUCUGUCAGCGGGGAUUAAGAAUAGCUGAGCACUCUGGUCGAGAGUAGCAUAUAGCACACGGAGUCAAUCAGCUGGCAGCUGGAGCUCCUAAUUUUUUCCAUGGCUUUUUGGGAAGCAAAAUCCUUAACCAUGUGAUAUAAAGUAGAAUGAAACUCAGUUUCUUCUUUAAGGGCUUCAGAGAAUGUCUCACUGUUUUCGUUGAUCUUGAGCCUUUGUGCUCUGUCACCACUAAACAUUAAAAGGGUCCAAUUAGGUUUCUGAAUAGGUUUUUCACUAAGGUGUUCCUUCAGCUACAGGAAAAGAAAGUUAGAGAAAUCCAUUAAUAGUUCCUCUAAUAGGUAUUUUGGCAGAGUAUAAUUUGAACUCAGUCCCCAAAAUUGCUAAUGUAAAAGAAACACUCUUUAGCAUCUGAGCUCUUAAACCAUGUUUGUAUGUAUGUACUCAUUCAACAGAGAUUUCUUGAGUAGCUAGUAUUUGCCAGGGAAUGUUCUAGGUGCUGGGGAUACAACAACAAAGAAAAAACCAUAUUAAUAACAAUUGCAACAAUAAAAUCCUAUCCUCAAGGAGCUUAUAUUCGAGUGGGAGAAACACACAAUAUACAAGUAAAUAUGGUGGCUCACUUACGCUAUCUUUUUUAUCAGGCAGCAGUAAAUGUGCCAGAAAGUUCAAUUGGAGGCCUGUCUCUGAGGGGAAAAAAGCUUCCGUCUGUUCUCAUUUUGAUGUAAAGAGUUGUCAGGACACUACCCUGAAGUCCAGAGUGUUUGAUACCAUAAUGGACAGUGAAGGUAUAGCCUUUAUAUAGCUUGGUUUUAUAUUUUUGACAAAAUAAACAAAAAUGAAGUUUUAAAACUAUUUGAAUGUUAAUUUUUUUUUUAACCUUUUCAAGAGGAGAAACCAUGGCCUACAUUCAUUUAGCUUUUGAGUAUCUUCUUUGGAAGGACAAAGUAAUUUUAUGGGGUUUGUAUACUAUACCUUAACUAUAACUUUAUUUGAACUACAUACUAUAUUCCACUUGCUCCAACCAAAUGCAAAAGCAGAACUUAGCAGGGCCAGCUGUCGAUAAGCUUUCAUUUCUAUCAAAGGAUCCUGUCAAUAUAAAAACAGAGUUGAUCAUAAAGCCUUUCAAAAAGUCUUCCAUCUUUGGCCUCCUACAGUCACUUCUUAACACGGAAAAAUCCACUUAAAAUGUAAGUCAGAUGACAUGACUCUGACAGGACAGGGCAAUGGAGCUGCCUUUCAGAAGAGAAGCCAGAGUCCUAACAAUGACCUACCAAGGGCCUCCAUGAUCAGAUAUCCCCCUGCCCCACAUAUGCCCCACAUAUACCCCAUUAUCACCUUCUUUGUUUCUCCUUUUGCUCUCUGAGCUCCACUUGGCUAAAUUCCCCACCUUCAAGUUUGGUUCAGAUCCUACCUUCUUGGUGAAGGCCCCCUCUUCCAAUACUAUUUGAUAUUGUAUGUUGCCCUAUGAUUCUUGAUCUUCCCUUUUUUAUAUAUAUAUAAAAUAUAAGAUAAUCUAGUAUAUUCUUGCCUUCCUCUGCUAGAAUGUAAGCUCCACAAGGGCAGGAACUUUGUUUUAUUCACUAAUGGAUCUUAAGCAUCUAAAACAAUGUUCAGAAAAAAAAUUCUUGAAUAUCCUGAGAUGACUAGUACACAUGCAGCAUUUGUAGAGUAACUGGCAGUUGAGUUACUAAAACUCAGGUGGUUUUUUUCCCCCUACACAUAUGUACACAGUUAAUGAUGUUAUUUUCAGAUAUACCCAUAUGGUCAUUUUCUGGCAUGUUUUAACCUGUUUUGUGCAGAAGAGGUCUAUAGCCAAGAACACCUUUCAUGAUUGGAGCCUACUUUGGCCUCACUUAUAUAUCAUAAAUAUUUACUAAACAUCUGAUUCAAGGAGUAUGCUAGAUACUAGAGUCAUAGGUGAUGAAAGAACAGUCCUCAUCCUCAUGGAACACACAGUUUAACAUGGAAGGAUCUUAUUUAACUAAAGCCUUAGGAGUAACAUGAAGCAGUGUGCAGACAGGGAGCCUCUCCCAAGAAACGGAAGGAAGUGGGUUCUCUCUAUCAGUGGUCCUUUUAUGUGUUUAAUUUCACCAAAUUUGUUAUGUUUGGGAAACUUCUGAGUCAUUUAAUCUUUUAGGAAAUCUUACAUAUAUCCAGCCUGGAAGAAGAAAAAAAAUACAGAAAAUUUGAAGUUGCUCUAACUACCUUUGCACUAACUGACCAGCUGUGUGAAUAAUGGUCCAUUUGUCAAUAUGAAGAUCAUACUAGAGGCUUACUUUCUUGGGAAAGACUAUUAAACUUGAGAGAACUCUGGA